CGAAAUGCAGAUGAACUCAGCUCGCACAUAGAAUUUCACCGCGCUCUUCACGCCGAGUAUGCCAAGCCGUAGUACCACGGGUCACCGCCUUGAGAGCUACCGCAGCAAAGACGCGGCCGCAGUAGUACUCAAUGUCUUUGGCGGGUUUUAUUUGCUUAAGCGAAUCGGUCAAGUAGUAUUUACAGUGUUCGAGCUCCCCAACAUCCCCAAAAAGCAUCCUCGAGGCAACUCGGCACGCGCAGCAGCUAUUGCCCGUCCCGCUCGUUGUUUGGGGCGUGCUCGCUACAAUAUCAGGUCGUGUCGCCGCCAGCCCUCCCGACAGCCGGCUGCAGCUCCAGGACUGAGCCGCAGUCGCAGGCAUGAACGAAGGCACCCCGGGCAGCGCGCGGCGGCAGCCUACGCGACGCUCCCCACGUCAACCGGGCGCGAGCUCUAGUCUCGCACCCGCCGGGCCUCGCCAUCCGCCGCAAUCGACCCAUGCACCUGCUACCGGAGGCUCUCCUGCACCUGACACCACCACCACCAGCAUACACCGCACCCGGACACCGCAGUCGCCUCCCCGCCACGACGAGGCAACCCUACCUGCACCUGCACCUGCACCGCCACCUGCACCCCCACCGCCACCUGCACCUGCACUCCCACCUGCACCUGCACCUGCACCUGCACCUCCUGAUGACGAUGGCCAACUAGACAAGGCCGCGCCCAAGGACGCUCUGGACCCCACCACCGCCGCCUCCCACCCCAACAACAGCACCGCUGCCGGCGGCGCCUCGGGUGCCGCCGCUGAGGCCUCGGCGGCGGCGAGAGCGCCUCCGCCUCCCGCCGCCACCGCUUCUGCAGCUACUGCCGGCCCCGCGCCCUCGUCCUCCACAUCCACCUCGCUACUGCCAGACCUCUCCCCGACCACUCCAGCCGCACGCGCUGCUACUGCCGCCGCUACAGCCGGUGCUGCAGCGGGCGGGCCCAGCAGCGGCAGCCCGGCCGCUGGCGGCUUGGCCGGUGCCGGCCACGACCUUCGCCCUGAAGCCGGCGGCGAUGGUGAUGAGGGCGGCAGCGCAGGUGCCGCCGCCGAGGUGGUGACUGAUGGUCCGCAGCAGGGCGUUCGAGGCGCCGCCACACGGUCAGCAGUGGAGACAGAGGUGGCCUCUGCUGUUGCAGCACCGGCGCCUGCUGCUGGCGGUGGAGCACCGGCGAUGGCAGCCGACACGGACACCAGCGGCGGCGGCGCCAGGCAGCAGCCACACGGCACUCGGCCGCAGGCGCCACAGCAGUCACAAGCUGCCGGCGGAGCUGCCGGAGGCGGUGUGGAUGAGAGCAUACCGGUAGUGGCGCCCGCAACCCACAUCGCGCCGCGCCACCGCGGCAACCGCACAGCCACAACCGCCGCCGCCGCCGGCGGCUUUAACGCAGCGCUGCCGGCGACGCCGCAGCUGCCAGCUGACAUGCCAUUGCGCGUGCGGGCGCCAGUGCCCGCCGAGUUUGAGGCGGCAGCAACGGCAGCGGCAGAGGCGGUGGUAGGGAGGCGGAGGCAGGAAGCAGCUGUGCCGCCGCCAGCGACGCCAACCGCCUCCGCCGCGGAGGCGGUGGCGGCCGCGGGCGACCCAUUGCGGGGGGACGGCGGCGGCGGUGCCGGCGGGCGUAGUAAUGGCGGCGGUUACGGCGGCCGUGGCGGCGGCGGCGGCGCGGCGGCGGCUGAAGAGAUGGAGGACCGCACGCCGCACCACAAGCAUCAUCCGUACCAACCGGCGCAGCAGCAUACGCACACCCCGCUGCAGCAGCAGCUGCAGCAUCUCCAUCACCAGGCACAGCAGGCGCAGCAGGCACAUCAGGCGCAGCAGAUGCAGCGGCAGGUGCAAGUGGCUCGGCAGGUUCUCCUGCAGCAGCAGCAUCUGCAGCAGGCGGCGGCGGCGGCGGCGGCAGCGGAGCGCGACACGCAGCCGCCGCAGCCACACCAGGUGCGGGGCUUGGACCCGCGGUUCGUGCAGCAGCUGCUGGGGCGGCAGCAGCUACAGCCACACCAGCAGCAACUGCUACAGCCGCAACAGCGGCGUGAGGACCGCAGCGGCUAUGGCGGCGCUGGCGGUCGUGGGGCUUCUGCUUGGGCCGCUCGAUCCGAUCUGUCGUCACCCCGGUCCUACUCGCAGCACCAGAGCCAAGCGCCACGGGAGUCGCAGCAGACGCAGCAACAUCAGCUGCUCCACGGCAAUGUGGGUGGCGGGCAAUGGCCGCGGCACGCUGCUGCCGCUGCCGCUGCUGGGCAUGCCGCCGGGCAUGCUGCCACUGGGGCCAGUGCACAUCAGGGCGGCAGCAGUAGCAGCGGCGGUGGUGGGGGACCGAACCUGUUAUCCAUGCUGCGAGGAAUCCUGCAGCAACAGCAACAGCAGCAACAUCAACAGCAACAGCAGCAGCUGCAGCAGCUGUCGCCGCAACAGCUGCUGCAGCUGCAGUCGCAGCAGCAGGCGGAGCGGCUGCGGGCGGACGCGGUGCUGCGGCGGCGGCUGCUGGAGGCCGAGGCGGCUUGGGAGGCGGGCCCAGAGGCGGCGGCGGCGGCGGCGGCCGGCCGUGAGGGGGCGGCGGGCGGGGACGGCGGCAGUGGUCGCGGUGCUGUAGCUCCUGCUACAGCCACGCCGCCGCGGCCGCAUGCCACAGCCAUGCUGAAGGAGGAGCCGCAUCAGGGACCAGAGGCAGCGGCUGUAGCCGGCGCCGGGGUCCGCAGCGGCGGCAGCGCACUACUGGUGGGGGCGGCGCCCUCCGCUUCGGACCUCGCAGGAGCCCUGGAGGAGGAGGCAGGAGAGGGGGACCGCGAGGGCAGUAGGCGCCCGCCGCAGACGCAGCCGCAGCUGCAACCGCAGCCUCCCAGUGCGACGCAGCAGUCACAGCCCCACACACCGCAGCAGUCGCAACCCCACACCCCCCAACAGCAGCAGCAUGCCUCGCUGCCCUCGCCGCCGCUGCCGCCGGGCCGCCCGGCGGGCGGCGCGCGGCGUGUGGCGCUGGACGCGCCUGCCUCUGGCGUGCCUCUGCCGCUGACGGUGCACCACACCGACACCAAGUGUCCCAAGCUGCUGGUGCCGCGGUCGGGGCGGCUGGGCGACAUCAAACACCUGGUGCUGCCCACGGAGAUCACCAUGGCUCUGACCGCCGACUUCAGGCGAGGCCAGCGGCCGCUGCGGGUGCGCACCCUGCUGCUGCGCGGCCGCAGCCGCGGUGGGGCUGGACCUGGAGGCGCCAUACACGGCGCCGCCCGGGAGGGCAGCGCCUUUGGCGAUGACGAGGGCGAGGGUGGCGGCGGCGGUGGCGGAGGCGGCCAAGGGGAGGAGGCGGGUGCGGACCAGGAUGAGGUGGUGGAGUGCCGCACUGGCAAUGGGCCCGGAGGCAACGUGUCUGUGCCGCUGCCCGUAAGCCGCUCCAUGUUCGGCCGCCCCUGCCGGCUGUUCACUCUGCAGCCCGAUUGGUCGCUGGACAUCGGCAUGGGCGACCGCGUCAAGCCACUGCCGCCGCCGCCGCCGCACACCACACCCGCACCCCACACGUACCCAGCAGCCCCCAUCCCGGGCCCAUCCCCGGCCUCCGCGCCGCGCGCCCUCCACUCGCCAUCGCCUCAGUCACUGAUGCGCGCUACGGCCGCAGACGCGCUGGCCGCAGCUGAAGCAGUGACGUACCGGUCACCUACACAGGCGGCUCCUCCGCGGCCUGUGGCGCGGGCCCAGAGUCCGGGGGCGGCGCCAGCGCCAGCAGUGCUGCUGGACAACAGGACCGCGGUGGCGGCGGCGGUGGCGCCACCAGUGCAGAUGGCGCUGCGGCAGCCUGGCAUUGGCGCCAGCGGGACUGCGGCGGCCGGCGGCGGCGUGCCGGCGCCGGGCCUGUCUGGUGUCAGUGGGUGGUCUGAUGGGGGUGGUGGUGGUGGUGGUGGUGGUGGUGCCAAACGCCACCGAGAGGACCAGCCGGCGGGCCGCACCCCCCUCGCACCGGGUCUGGGCGCCGAGGCCGAGGUGGCAGAGCAGCCGGGAGCGACUGCUGCCUCUGGCGAUGCCGCACCAUCAGUAGCGCCGCCGCCCCCGACGUCGCUUGACCCGGCGGCGGCUGGCAGCGACGCUCAGCGGCAGCAGGGUCAGCCGCCGGCCCAGCCGCAGGGGCAGGCGCAGCAGGAGGGUGGUGGUCAGGCCGGCCAGGGGGUUGGUCUGGGACCGGUGAUGGCGCACCUGGCGGCGGCGUCGGCCUCGGCCUCGGCCUCGGCCUCGGCGGCGGCACAGGGGGCUGCCAAGCGGCAGCGUCUGGAGGGACCGCCGCCUGCACCUCAGCCUGCGGGCCAGCCGCCUGAACAGCAGGAGCCGGGGUCGGGACAGCGGGUGCCGCAAGAUGCGCGAGAGGGGCAGCAGGCACAGGCACAGAUACAGGGGCAGGGGCAGGGGCAGGGGCAGCAGGAAGGGGAGCGGGAGCAGCAACAGGAGCAGGGCGGCAGCGGCACCGCGGCAGCGGUUGUCGGCAGUGGUGCGGACGACCCCGACGUCCUAGUGGCGGCGCUGCUGGCGGCGGUGCCGGCGGCAGCGGCGGCGGCGGCGGCGGCGGCGGCGGCGGCUUCUGCCGGCGACAAUGGUGCCGGCGGCACCGGUGCGGGCGGAGGCGUGGGUGACGGAGGCGACACAAAACCGUGGGGGCGGCCAGCCGGUGACACGGAUGUGGAGGGUGCUGCCGCUGCUCCUCAUCAGGGCGACAGGGGUGCGCCCGCUGCGGUCCACAUGCACGACCCAGCAGCUGAGCCGCAGGCACAGCCGCCCCCGCCUCCGCCUGCGCUCCCGCUCUCGCCUGCGCAGCCGUCACCGCCGCAGCAGCAACAGCUGCCGGCGGCGCAGCUGCGCUCCCCGGCGGCCGUCCAUCUCAACCGGUUUGCAGGUGGCUCGACCGCUGGCAACGGCACCGGCACUGGCACCGGCACUGGCACUGGCAUCACCGAUUACACCGACAUCCCCUCCACCCGCAUGGCGCUGCUGACACCAGGCGGCGACCUCCUCCGCACCCCCAACACCGCCCACACCCCUUACACCGCCCGGACCCACGCGCCCCACACCCACGCGCCGCACACGCCCCACACUGGCGCCUCCCCUGCUGCCGGCGGGCACCGCGGCGAGACCAAGUGGGUGGCCUUCCGAAUGCCCAUGCCACCCAGCGAUAGCACAGCAGCAGCAGCCGGCGGCGGCGGCGCCGGCGGCACCAGUCGGCGCGUGGGGCCCGUGCUGCACGUCCGCCGCAAGCCGCCGCCGCCGCCGCCACAACAAGGCGCCGGCGGCGGACCUGGCGGCGCUGGAUCUGGAUCUGGAUCUGGAGUUGGAUCUCAUGCGGCUGUGACGGUGAUGCGAUCCACCAGCGGCUACCUGGACCGCAAGAAGCACCUGCCGCUCAUUGGGCCCGUGCUCAACGCGCUGCCGUACCCCAUCCGUUCCGGGCAGCAGGAGGUCUCUGUCCGCGUCAUCAUACCCAUCACACCCGCCGCCGCAGCGGCCGCCAGCGAACUCGUCGACCGCCUCACCUCACCCUUCCCCACCCCCUACUCCGCCACGGCCGCGCACCCGCUCUCGCCACCCGCCUCCUCCGCCGCCAUAUCCCCCGCCGUCGUGGCCACCGCCACGACCGUGGCAGCGGAGCGGUCGCCGCUGCAGCUGGGCAGCAGUCCCCACAGCAGCCGCCCCCACAGCCCCGGUGUGCCCUCCUCCCCUUCCUCCCCCUCUGCCCCCACCGCCUCCACCAUCACAACUGUGGGCAAGGACAUUGUGAACAGCGGCGGCCAACUGGUGGUCAGCGAGGCGCUGGGCAUCGCAGCUGCGGGGACGGGGGCGGCGGCGGGGCCGGGGGAGGGGGCGGCGGUGGAGGGGCCGGGGGUAGUGGGAAGGCACGCGGCUGCCGCCGGGGAGUUCGAGGUGCAGCACCUCAGCUGCCUCAUCGGCCAGACCGGCAGCCACGGCUGUGCUGCGCUGCAGCUGCCGGUGGGUCGCGCCAUGUGGAACCGGCUGCUGCUGUGCAUGAGCGUGGUGCCCCCACUCAUCAGGCCGCCACUCCCACGCCAGCCGCCGCCAGCCGCACCCGCGCCAGCAGCUGCCACGGCACCCCCACCCGCAGCAGCAGCGGCACCAGCAUCAUCGCAGGCGCCACACACACAGUCGCCGCGGCAGCCGACGCCCGUGCCACUGCCAGCGCCUGCACCUGGUGGGGACGGUGAGGCGGCGGCGGCGGCGGUGGCUGUAGCAGCGGCCGAUGAGGCGGCGCUUGAUGAGACAGCACCACUGCUAGGGGCGCCGCCGCCAUCGCCGCCGCCUGGUGAAGCGAUGAUGCAGAAGCAGCAACAACAGGAAGCAGUGCCACUGGACAGCAACCUGCAGCACCAGCAGCAUUCACGGAUGGAGGCAGCGGCGGGGGGAACUGGCUGGGGCCCGCUGCCGCCGUCGCUGCCUGAUGGAGCCCACGACGUAGAGGACUGGGCCCCACACCAGCAGGAGCCGGAGAUGGAGGUGGAGAUGGAGGUGGACAUGGAGGAGGGUGCUCUGGACGGCGGCAAUGGUGACAGUGGUUAUGUGCUGGAGCUGGUCCUGGGGGCGGUGCUGGAGGGACAGGCGCCGUGGAAGAUCUCACACAGCCCGGCGGGCGGAGGCGGAGGCCGGUCCGGCAGCAGGGCCGCAGCGGGCAAGACACCCACAGCGCCGGCCGCCUCCACCCUGAGGGCGCAGCAGCAGCAGCAGCAACAGCAGCAGCAGCCGCAGCUGCAGCAGCCGCGCCGGCAGCAGCAGGGCCUCCUGUCUGACAUGUCGUCGCCAGAGAGGGGCGGUGCUGGGGGGCUGGGGCCAGCGGGGUAUGGCGGCAGCGGACCCGGUGAUCUGCAGCAAGGAGCGGAGGACGGGAGGCGGUCGCCGUACCAGCAGCAGCAGCAGCAGCGGUACUCGCAGCAGCAGGGGCCGGAGCGGCAGGGGCAGGGGCAUCAGGCGGGUGCCUCGCCGCGGCGCGUGCUGCCCUUCGGCGCGUCACUCGGCGCGGCAGCGGCAGCGGCAGGCGGGCUGCAGAGGGAGGAGCAGGACGAGCGCGACCUGGACCCCCUGAUCACGGGCCCCGGCGCCGCGCGUGCGUCUGCAGCUGGCGGCGGCGGCGGCGGCGGUGGCGGCGGUGGCGGCGGAGGUGGUGGUGGCGCGGGGGCUGGUCUGAUGCGGCCGCUGCCGCCCCUGCCGACCCCUGGGCGAGCUGCCUGGCUGGCGGCAGGUGGGGCUAAUGCCAGGGGCGCUGCCAGGCCUGCUGCGGUCUGGGAGGGGGAGGCCGACGAGGCGGCGGACUGGGAACAGGAGCUACUGGAGGAGGAGGAGGCGGAGGCCGUGGGUGGGAGUGACAGUGAAGAUGACAGCUCAAACCAGUGGGGCUCACUGGGACGGCGCGGCGGCGGCAGACGCAGUCGCAGGGCCCGGCGAGCCGCCGCUGCUCGUCGCGGCGCUCCCGCCGGGGGCGGUGGCCCGUACGGCACGCGCCGUGGCGGCGUGGCGGCGUCGGCUCCGUGGGCUGCUGAUGCUGAGCCGCCGCCUCGCAAGCGGUUGCGGCGAGAGGAUGCCUUUGGAGGCGGUGGGUUGGGAGGUGGCGGCUUUGGCGAGAGCGGGUUUCUGGAUGCGCUGGCCUCCGUGGCCGCCGCUGCGGCGGCUGCAGACGAGGAGGAGGAGCACGUGCAGACGCUGCAGCGGCAGCGGCAGUUGGAGGCGGAGGAGGCGGCGAGGCGCGUGGCGGCCUUUGAUGCGGAGGCGGAGGCGGAGCAGCGGCUGCUGCUGCAGGCGCUGCGGCUGCAGCGGGCACAGCAGCUGGCGCAGGGGCUGCAGCAGCGGCAGCGGUUGCAGCAGGCACUGCACGGCUCAGCGGCGGCGGGCGGCAGCUGGCUGGGAGACGGCAGCAGGGCAGGCGUGGACUCAAUGGAUUGGGACUUGGCGGCUGUGGCUGCGGGCCUGCGGCGCGUCGGCGUCGGCUUUGCGCCAGAGGAAGAAGGCGGCCGCGGUGGCCCCGCCGUUGUCUGGGGCCGUCGCGCGGCGGCCGAGCCUGUGAUGCUGCCGCCGUCACUACAGCACCAAGGCCGAUUCCAGCAGCAGGGCUUGGAGUUCCACGACGGCGAUGCCGGCGGCGGCGGGGGCGGCGGCGGCAGUGGCGCGCUGUUUGGUGCGCCGCGCUUCCCUCCGCCAUUGCGGCAUCCUGGUGGUGGCGUAGGCUCCCUGCGCGAGCUACCCCAGCAGCCUCUGGCGCGACCGCCACACCAGUCACCGCAUCAGCACCAGCAAUCGCAGGCGCCGCCGUUUCCGCGUCGGCUGCUGCCGGCGGCGCCGCUACAGCAAGAGGAGGUGGUGGGGCAGCCGCGACUGGUGUGGCGGCGUGCUGAUGACGGCACGCCCGUCCCAAUGGAGGCGGAGGGUGCCCCUGUUAUCCAUGAUGCCCUGCCGCCGCUGUUGGGCGCUGGCAGCCACGCCGGCCGUGCCGCAGGCAGUAACAGUGCCGGCGGCGGUGCUGCCCUGGCCGGCGCGUGGGGUUGGGACUGGGGCGCUGACGCCGCCGCACCCGGUGCUCGAGGUGGGCAGCCCCCCGCUGCCACCCGCCCGCCGCCGCACCUCCCCCUGCUGCACCACCAGCAGCCGCUGCCGCGCCACCUGCUGUCCAUGCAGCCGCACGAGUCACUGCAGGGCCACGAGCUCAAUGGCCGCGAGCAGCAGCAGCGGCAGCAGCUGUUGCGGGAGCUGCGCCGGCUGCAGGAGCAGGAGCUGGAGCGACAGCUGAGAGACCGGCUGCAGCAGCUGCAGCAGGCGCAGCAGGCGCAGCAGGCGCAGGCGCAGCAGGCACAGGCGCAGCAGGCGCAGCAACAGGCACAGCAGGGGCGGCGGGGGGAGGACGAGGCGACGUCGGUCAGCGGCAGCCGAGGUGCGCCUAGUGCGCUAGGCGGCGGCGGCGGCAGUGUGCGGACCCCGCCCCCUGGAUCGCUAGGCUCACCUGCCCGCCUGCAUUUCCACCAGCAGCAACACCAGGCGAUGCAUCCGCAGGACCAGCACCAGCACCAGCACCCGGACCAGGCACAGGGCCGGCCGGUGCCUCAGACGCUUCAGCUGCUGAUGGCUCACGACGAGCGCCGUCGCCGCCUGCAGCAACAACAGCAGCAGCAGCAGCAGCAGGCGGCAGAGGAGCAGCAGGGUGCAGAGGAUCAGCAGCAACCGGCUUUGCAGGAGCGGGAUCCGCUACGGCCGCCGCUGGCGGGCGCAGAGCUGCAGCGGCAGCAAGCACUGAUCCAGGCCGCUGGUGGCGGCGGUGGGGGCGGGGGUGAAGGCGCCGAAGGCGACGGUGGUGGUGUGCAAGACGCUGACGUGGACGUGGCUGGUGCGCUGGAGGGGGUAGGUGCCGUCAGCGCGAGUCGGUUGCUUCGGCAGCUGCUCAGACCCAGCUCCGCGGCGGCCCUGCGCCGCAGCGGCGGCGGCCCGCCCGCUGCAGGGACCGCGGCCGCAGCUGCUGCUGACGUGGAGGAUGCCGCCGAGUCCUCAGCUGCGUUGGGCGCCGUCGAUGGAGACGAUGCGGCGGCGGCAGCGGCCGCGGAUGGCCGGGUGGAAGCAGCGGGGUUGGACGGUAGCCUGCCAGUUCAGCGGCAGCAGCGGCAGCCACGUGCGGACGCCCUGUCAGGCAGGCUGGGGGAGAGGGAUGAAACGGGCUCGUUCAUCUCGCGAAGUGACGGCGGCGCUGCGGCCACGGGCGCGGUAGGUGGCGAUGCGCAGGUGCGCCGCCGGUCUGAUCAGCAGGGGCAGGGGCAGGGGCACGGCGCGGCACGUGAUGCGGCGGGAGGCAUACUGUCCGCUGAUGAGGGGCAGGUGGAGCAGGUGGAGCAGGAGGGCGAGAGCGGCAUCCAGCAUUCGUCACCAGCCGCUGCCCUGCCGUCUGCCCGCGUCGGUGGUGGUGCCCCAAGCAGCGGCGGCCGCCAAUCGCCACAGCAGCUUACGGCUCCAGCUGCGCUUGGGGGCGGCGGUGGCGGCAGCGGCGGCAGGUGGACCGCCGCCGGCAGCAGCAGCGGCACGGAUCUGCCGGGCUCGUCGCCAAAGCGCCGCUUCCCGGCCGCCACGGUGCCGCGCUUCCCGCCGCCACACGCCGCGGCCUCCAUGCCUCCACUGGGCCUGCACGGCGGCUGGCACUGGGGCAGGCCGCCGCCGCCGCUGCCGGUGCCGCCACAGCAGGCUGCUGCUGCGGCCGCUGCGGCCGCUGCGUACGGCCUGCCACACCUCUACUACCCGUACCCACCGCCGCCAGGCAUCCCGCCCCCGCCACCACACCUGCCGUACCGCCGGGGUAUGCCGGCGGGUGCUGGAUACGGGCCUGCUUUCCCCCGGCACCUGUGGCCACACCCGCACCCGCCUCCGCACCCACACCCGCACCCGCACCAUAUGCGUCCGCUGUCCGGGGGUGACGUGGUAGGGGUAGGGGUAGGGGUAGGCGCGGCAGAUGCCUACUGGCGGGACCCUGCGGCUCGCUUCCUGGGCCCGUGGGGCAUGGGCGGUGCCGGCGGCGUGUCGCCGCGGCGCGCCGUGGCACGGACUCCCACGCCGCCGUUCGACGCGGAUGCCGCAGCGAGCGGCGGGGCACGCGGCACCGGCGGGCCUGGGCGUGGCGGCGAAAGCGGCGGCAGCCAGAGGGAGGUGCUGGCGGCCUGGCGUCAAGGGGCCGUUGGCGCGGGCGAGGGUCAGGAGGAGCAGGAUGACCAGGGGGUUGCGCCCGACGUGAUAGGUGUGGGGCCGGAGGCCGGGGCGCAUGUGGAGGCGCAUGUGGAGGCGCAGGUGGGGGUGGAGGCGGACAGCCGGCGGCUGCUGCAGCUGCUGCCGGCGGGGCGGGUGUGGCACGCCAUGGAUCACGUGCUGCCGCCGCUGCAGGCCAGGGCCGCGGCGGCGCUGGCCGCGGCGCUGGAGCAGCAGCAGCAGCAGCAGCGGUCGGGAGGCGUCAGCGGGAAUGGAGACGGCGAGGGCAAGGGCGAGGGCACGGGCGCUGCGGCUGGAGCCGCCGGCAGUACUGGUGCGGGUGGUGCGGGUGGUGCGGCGGCUGCCGUGCUGUCGCCUGCGGAGCGCCAGGCGCUGACUCAGCGGCUGGUGGGGCUGAGGGCGGGGCUGCGGGGGCUGCGGGGGCUGCUGGACUGGGCGCGAAACGCAGCGGUAACGUCAGCAGCAGCGCUGUCAGGAGCGGAGGCUGACGGGGAGAGGAAGGCGGUGGCGGUGGCGGUGGCACGCGAGGUGCUGCGGGUGCUGCAGCGGGCUGCGGGUCCACUGGAGGCGGCGGUGGAGUGCCUGCGGGCCGCCUACCUGGACCUCGCUCAGGCAGUGGAGGGCGGGGCGGCGGCAGCGGCUGAGGUGGCGGCUGAUGUGGCGGCUGCUGGGGACAGCGGUGCUAGGGAGGAGGCAGCGGCUGCCGAGGCCGGUGAGGCUUUUGUAGAUGCAGGCGGUGGCGGGGCUGGCAGCGCAGCCCGGGGCGGUGAGGGCCAGCGGGCGGCGGUUGCGGUGGCAGCGGCGGCGCGCCGGUGGGAGGUGCGUGUGGCGGCGGCCGCUGGUGAGCUGGAGGUGGCGCUGUCGGACCUGCAGCAGCUCGACUUGCAGUAGCGCGGCGGCAAAUGGGAAGGAGGGUCCAAAGCAUAUCGGGAUUUGUGUAUGUGCGUGUGAUAGCGUACGUGUGUUGAGUACUACAGCUUAGGCCUUGUUUAGGCAUUGCGGAACAUGUUAGGAAAGCACAAUAAUGGAAGGGGCCGACACCAUGGUCGAUGCUGUUAGUUGCGCGGAUGCAUGCAAGCGCACAGGAGUCAAGAAUCUAUGCUUGAUGGUAUACGCGGUCAGUGCACGGGACUGUGGAGUUGGCGGACUUCAAUGGCGCGCAGCAGCGCACCUGUGAUGGAGCUCGAUGCGCACAUCGCGGUGUGUGUAUAGAUCAAAGGAGUGUGAGGUAGAAGUACACUGCUAAGUGUUUAUGUGAGCAGACUGUCUCAACAGAACGGGCCACAGGCAACAGGCUACAGCCAGC